AAAUAUUACAAACAAACUUUUGCACCAACAAGCAUUGAUUACCAAGUCUUUAUUUCAUGUAAUUGGGAAGCUUCUGAGGGUUAGAUAGCCUGACGGGCUCAUCAUCAUGGCUCUUGAAGUAAUCGGUGGAAUAGCCAGCAUUCUUCAGCUGGCCGGAACUGUCUACACAAUCUCAAAGACCCUUUACGAAGUGGGUGAAGCUCUAUCCAAUGCCCCUUCUGAUAUCAAGGAUUUAGCAAGGGACCUUGAAACUUUUUCAGAUGAGCUUCAUCUGCUAUCUACAUUACUUCACGGUAAAGAUGGUCGCUAUGCAGAUCAGGUGUAUAGGCUUACAGCUAAAAUCAUUGGGGAUUGUGCGACGAUAUGCACGAAAAUCGAUCGAAUUAUUCGGAAAUUGAGAAGUGGUAGUGUUCUGGCCAAAAUUAAAUGGUUGUACAAAGAGAAGGAAAUUAUGAAGUUGUUGGCGAGACUUCGUGACUUAAAGUUGAGUCUGAUGGGUACAUUGAGCGUGUUGAGUGCACUGAGAGCUGAUAAUAUGAUGGACUCUUUGGGUAUAAAUAACCCCAGUAUGAUUGGUGGCCCGAACAGAGAUGGUCUGUCAACAGAGACACGCAUGCAAGUGGAGGAUACGAGACUAAAAUUGGCUGGCAUGUCGAUGAAGGAUACCACUGGAGCCUCUUUGGGGUCAAAAUCUUUGCUAGCAUCGAGCGCAUCUUUAGUUUCGGGGGGCUCAAGCUCUACCUUAGGUACAUCGGCUACAUCGUCAACCUAUGUUAGUCCCCCAGCAACUAGAAUACCUAGUACAACCAGCUUUUCUACAUCCUCAUUCAUUUCAAUGGCAGUGGUGCCAAAGAGCAUGCCGCCAAUCCUAAACACUCAUGCAAACCAGUCUGUAGAUUCCUUCCACAGCGCCUUAUCAUAUCAAAAUCGAGAAUCGUUAGAUGGCCGAACGAGUAAGUCUUCAAGGUUCAAGACCUGAGAUCUGCAAUAUGUGAUGGUGAGUGUUUUCAAAACUGGGCUAACAUGUCGAAAUGUCAGAACAAGUGGAGAGCUUCUUCAAGCCAGAAGAUCUUAACGAUAUACCUGUGAUACCACAGUCUGUAGUGGUAUCCGAUAGACAUGACAAACCUUCAUUUUCAGUAGAAGAGAGCCACCAACUGAAUACAUCCGAAUCAGAAUCUCUCAAGGGUUGGAGAAAUGAGAUGAUUCUUUCAGCGAUGAAACAUUUCAACAUGAAUAUCUUGGAUGCUGAGGAAUGGGCCAAGCAUCUGCCAGUUCCUAGCAAUAUCUCGGCAACAACUGGGCCUACCGAUCAAGCGGAAACCUCGCCUCACCCAAAAGUCGAGAACAAGCCUCAGGAAAUAGAGCAUGGCAAAGUGUAUCAUGGAUACCAGGGAGAAUCUUCAAGUCAAUACGAAUAUUAUGAGGCAUUAGAGCGCGAAUCGUCCUGUGAAAUACCUGAAUUACUUAACUUCAUGCCUGAAAUGGGCUACAUCCCUUCUGCCAUACACUCUCCUGCGUCCCCGGAACACAUUCUUGUAGAGAGUGAUAGUGCGAAGAGUCAAAAUCAUCAAAUUGAUGCAGUUUUGGGUUCUUCAAUGGGAAAAGAGACAAGUUUUGGCGGAUUUGGCGUUGAUGGGCCUCGAAUGGAGGAAUCCGAUGGCUACUCUGCAUCUCCCGCUUGUUCCCCAGUGAGCCCAGCCUACAGUUGCAUAGAAGCUGAUAGCUCUCAAAUCCAGGCUGAUAAAACCUCAUCGUCUUUCAUGGGAGAUAAAAAACGUCUGGAUAACUCCAAAUUUAUGGAUGAGUCUGUGACAACAAACAAUUGGCAUCUUACAGAGGAGAAGAAGAUGAGCCCAAGUUCACUCAAAUAUAUCCCGUCGAAAAGUAAUGAUCUCAUGGGGCAUCAUGAUUACGAUACUGAUCUUACGAAACAAACCAGUUUAUCCUCGCAAGUUGCGUCAUAUCUUGAUCGUGGUAAUCUCGAUGCUUCGAUUACACAAACUAGACACACCUUAAACCAAAUCAACAACGCAGAUCCUUCAAAAUGUCUCCCUCCUAAGCGUGAGCUUGAUCCACACUACAUCAGUGAUCUACGCGACCUUACUGCACACGACUGCACAGACGCGUUUAACAACGAGGAGCAAGAUGGCUCGCCAUUGGAUGAGCAUGAGGCUUGGGUACAGCGCAAUCGGGAAGAACGUCGUCGUCGACGCCGCAGUUCAGCUACUGUACAAAAACGAUCACUUGCGGGUCAUGAAGUUCAGCUCAUACUUCUUAAGGAUCAGAAUAAAAGGAGACAAGAAAUCGCAAAACUGGGGCAGCAAAAUAGCUGUCAACAAUUAUCAGAAACAUCUCACCAGGCAAACUUAGAAAGCGCACUUCCUAAACUAAAUGUACCUGCCAAUGAACUCGCGUAUCUGGACGAUCAGAGCCAACUUGUACUUAUCAAGAAGGAGAAUGAAGACAGGUUAGCAUUGACACGCCAGGUGCAGCGAAUUCAGAAUGCGAUGCUACCAUCAAAUUCAGUGGCACCAAAUCCCCAGCCUGAGACAUCCAGAGCUGACGAUAUUCUAUUUACCGGCAAAAAAUCUGCCGACUCUCCUUACUCAAAGCCCAACUUGUUUGGUAUCCCCACCCAGUUGAGUCCUGUUGACCCGAGUUUUGCUCAAUCUGAACAAUUUGUUCAGGUCAAUAACUCUAGUUGUACUACUCCGGGUGUUAUACUUCAGACAAAUCAAAAAUACACUGCAAUUCAAACAUGGCCUUCGCAUGGAACUCAACAACAACACCAAAAGCUGCAGUCAUCUAUUCAACGAACUCAACGAAUUCAAAUGCAACAACAGCAACAAAAACAAAUGGUUCGGUUGUCUCCCCACCGACGUCUUGGAGUUACCGAAAGAGUUGCUGGGGGAGAUUCCGGACGAUGGCAUAAUUUUGAUGCCUGCCUAAGCAUGGAAAUCUCGGCUAACAUGCCAUCGGUACUCCAUGGACUUGGAACUGAAAAUCUGUUACCCAAAACACAGCCUCAAGAGGUUCAAAUGCUAAAUCGAGCAUCACAAGAAACCUAUAUAAGAGAUGGACAGCCUUCUUAUCCGUCUAUAUCGCCUUAUGGCAAGAGUGAACCUCGCGGACGUAUGGAAUUGCCCCCAGGUUAUACUGAUGAUCUCUCGGGACAAGUUUUCAAGUCAUCAAAAAUUGAUAGAUCGAAUAACGACUCUAUUCUCAAUUUUCAGAAUGAAGUGUCUAACAAGGGCCCAGGUGGAUUUUGGAUACGAGGUUUCAUAAAUGUAAAGUCAUUGGAUGCUGUCAUGUGGAGUAAUUUAGAACAGUACUUGAAAUGGCAGCGCGUUUACGCUACUUCAGAAGCAGGAUCUAUUCCGCUUGUUGCCAAUUCAGAUUGGUUUGCAAAUCUCUACAAAGAGAGGAUUGCUCUACGCCGUCAGAUGUUUCCGCGUGCUGCUAGCUGUAUCCAGAAAAUACUUGAUGUUCUAGCCGUGAUGGAAGAGACGAUCGGCCUUAAAAUUGGAGCUAUUGCAUGGGCAUGUCUUCUGGGAGCCGUCGAGAACUUGCUUUCGUAUGGUACAAACUGGACAGUUGAUUCCCAAACCAGGAUUAUCACAGAAAUGAGCGAAAUUGCCAGCAUAAUCGCUCGAUAUACCGUCAUGGAGAAUAUUUAUUCUCAGUGGAAAGGAAUGAGUCUUGAUAAAGAUUACGAACAAUCUCUUAUCAACCUAUCCACUCAUGUUUUGAUCUAUCUUGGAGCUUUCGUUCCGAGUCUCUCAGAGAGUAGCACGAAUGCCGAUAUGAAGCCCUAUUUCGAAAAAAUCAUCGAAGCCGAUACGGCAUGUCGUGAGUUCACGGUCAUUGUGAGCUCCAAUAAUAAUGACAUCGAUCGGAAACGCUUAUUUGAGGAAUUUUCGGAUGAUUCGGACGACACUGUCGAUUCAGACGGAACUAUCUUGGGAGUUGAUGGUAAUGAGCAAGUGAAUGACACGCCAUCAUCAGCAAAGCGCACUAAGAUAUAGAAACACGAAUUUGUUUGAAAUUGUAAAUUGAACAUGUAGUAUAUACCCUUGUUUAUCCUUUCAUCAUAUUUCUUGCCUAUAUUUGUUGCUAAUCUGCGUUCACUGUUGGUAUCAUAAAAUGGGAGUCCAUGAAACUUAUCAAGUGGAAGAGGUGGAUCUAAAAUCACUCGAGAAGAGUAAAAUGAAAUCUUUUGUAGGCGACAUUGAUUCAUGAAUUCGGCCAAGAGAAGAACCUCUGAUCGAGAUAAGUGCGAUAUUUCAGGUAUUCAGAACGAUCACCGUGUCUGUAUGGUAGAAUCUCGUAUAAAAUUCCCAAGAACAGAGCUGGCCAUUUCAAAUUGCUGAUCCGAGCAACUGCAAAAAUGAACAAAACAUCACCCCUUUGAUCGAUCAUUACGCUCACCCAUCAUUUCCUCUCCCUACACCACCUUCCAAACUAUUAUCCUAGCCUGUAAAUCCCAACGCCCUCUUCAGUGCCACCAAUCUCGAUCUCACUUCUCUUCCCCUCGCCUUUUGACAACUAACACAAACAUCUUUAUCCUCAUGAUUCCAGGCAUAACAUCCCAACUAUCCAAGUCUAUCAAUCAG